UAAACUAGGUGGGAUUUUGGUUUUGGGUCUCUCUGGUUUGGUAACGUUUUUCUCGGGAAAAUCGCUGAGAAAAUGGAGACUUCUCUGAGGUAUACGAGCAAUUCCAGGUCUUUGAAGAUCCAUGCCAAGGAGAAGCUUCUUGUGAACUCGAGAACCCGCUUGCAGCUUCAUGGAGAGCUCGAUACAGGAACCGGUGCCCCGAGCUACUUUUGCGCAAUGAUAAGAUAUUUUAACCCCGAGGCUUUGACGAUUCUUGGAUUGGGAUUGCAUUACAAUAAACGAGAAAAGCUCCGGUGUCUUGUACGUGGGAAGAUGGAGUUUCCCGUUAGAACGGGUGUGCCUGUAACAUUCAAUGUCAAAGGCCGAUGUGAUUUUGACCAGGAAUUCAAUCAGAGGAACCCGAAAGGAGCUGCGGAAUUUGCAUGGAGUGUAAUGAAUUUUCAGGAAGAUCAAAGUGUUCGGCUCAAAGUUGGGUACGAAAUAUUCGAGAAGGUCCCAUAUAUGCAGAUCAGAGAAAAUAAUUGGACCCUUAACGCAAACAUGAAAGGAAGAUGGAACCUGAGGUAUGACCUGUGAAAUGAAAUGAGGAGCAUAACACAUUUUUAUUUUCAUCAAUUUUUAUAUAAAAAAAAAAACAGUUUAUUUCUUUGAAAUGGCCAAAGUCAGAGAUCUUUCAUCAUAAUGGGAACUUAGUUCCUUUUGCCAUUGAUUUGUACUGAAAACCCAAAACAAAAACUCUCAACUACAAAUCCAUGGAUCCAUGGUGUUGCCAAGAUUGUAGUCAAAUAUAAUCUUUAAUGAUAA